AAUGUGCGGGUGCUGCCACCUGUACCAGGAAUGUCCAACAUAAACUAGUUCGACGGUAUCGUGUCAAUAGUAACUUUUCUGGAUGCUUCAGUGCCCGUUGUGACGCAGUAAUUGAUUAGUUAAUCUAGAAUGUACAAUUGUUUCGUGUGCUGGUGACCUGAAAGUUUGUGGCUGAAAUAAAAACUUUCAUUGUUUGAAGUUGGACCUUGUGUAUUCCUCCGCCAUGACACUUGUUGAUGGUGAUCCUUGUCGUGUGUUAUAAGAGCGAGGCAUUAGCAUGGGUGCUGCAGCGUGUGGGCGCCCCGCGGCCAUGAGGGCGUGAGUGACCCGCGCCAUGGCCCGCUACGGGACCGACGCCGCCAGCGAGGCCAGCCGCCUGCUGCACACCCUAGGCGAGGCCGCCCGCCCCUGCCCCGGCCCGGGCAGGGAGGACUUGCCCGCCGCCCCGCAGGACGCCCCCGCCGCCCGCCAGGACGAGGCGCCCUACGGUCGCAUUCUGCCGCGCGGGGCGGGCAGCGGCGCAGGCGCGGGCGGCGGCGCAGAUGCUGUGGGGUCCGUGCCGCCGCUGAGGGUCGGGGCUAUCGAGAGCCUUAUCUCGGGCGGCAGUGACGGCAGCGGCCAGCCGCACCCCGCCCCGCAGGUGUACCAGGUGCUUGACGCGCGCCGCGUGAUCGCCGCCUCCAAGUUCGCCACGCCGCGGCAGCCCGACGCCCUGGUGGUGGCCAGCAGCGCCGCGCCGACCCCCGCCUCCAGCCAGGCCGUCAACGGCCAGCCCGCCCCUGCCCCCACUUUGGUCACGGGCGCCACCUCGGCCCCAGCCACCGUCGGCUACGCCCACAUCAAGCCCACCACCGUCGUCAGCAGCAAGGCCACUGUUGGGUCGCAUCUCAUCAAUGGGGGCAGCCCCGGGGUUGUGCCGCGACCUGUCAAUGGCCAGGUCCCGCUGUACUCUGGCCACGUGAGGUACGAGCCGCCGCCUGUGUACGGCCGAGGCGGCAGUGCCCUGGGCAGCUCAGCGCACUCCAGCCCACGCUCCAGCCUCAGCGGUGGGAGUCACGAUUCUCUUAAUUCCGGCCAGAACUCGCGAAGCAUUCCACAAUCUUUGACGCACCAUUCCGUUGACUACGUUGUGAAGCCCGGCUACGUGGGGCAGCUACACACCUACGAGAACGUCAGCUCCUACCAGCAGUACGGGCCGACAGGCAGCCUGGCCGCCACUGUCAUCGAGAACAAGUAUGCCAGCCCGCGCUCCAGCAUCAGUUCUCAAGACUCCAAACAUUCCAGUCCGCGGAGCAGCUUUGUACAUUCCUUGCAAGGUUCUAGUCUAGACCGCACAAGUUUAGCCAGUCAAACCAUUUUGGAGGAAGGCUGUUCCCUCCGUCCUACUCUAAGCAACAGACACUUGCCGCCACGCAUUGAACAGGACUUGGAGGGCAAACAAUUUGUGAUCCCUAGAAAUAACGCGUAUGUGCAGGAAAACGCGCGCCACAGCUCACAGUGGAGCGUAACCAGUGACUCUGUUAGGCAUCGAGGCUUAUAUUAUGACAGUCUCCCGCCGCCACCAGUGCCACCACAUUCUCUAGGCCUGACCCGCCCCACUACACUUACCCCGGUAGCAACUCCCAGCCCCACUACCCUCCCUCCACCCCCACCCUACCCUGGCAAGGCUCUCAGCCUCACCACAGACACAGUGACCUCUGUCGCCUUCCCCCUGGUGACCUCCAACCACAACUACGCUAACAUUGAUGUGCUGAAGAGUGUGUCAGGUGCUGAUCCCCCCCCGCCCCCACCUUACCCAUCCUCUGUGGUGCGCCAGUUCCAGAACUUAAGCCUAGGGACCACACACUCCCCCCUUGGUUCCCACUCCCCUGCGUCCUCCACUCCGUCCACUCCCUCAACUCCCUCCACCCCCCAGAGCCUCUUGAGGGCUGGGGGAGUGCUGCCUCCCCCACCGCCUCCCUACUCCUCCUCAGUGGUUCACGCACAACAGCAGCAUCAGCAGCAUUUUGUGGUUCCUCCCCCUCCACCCCCGUACUCCUCCUCCCUGGUGCGAACAGUGACCUCAGUGCCAUCGUUCAUAGGUGGGCAGGCUGUGCAGGUGCCGCCGCCCCCUCCCCCAUACCCGUCAUCCGCUGUGCGCCUUAACAAUAACAAUAACAACAACGCUAGCAGUAAUAACAGUGUGCUAAACAACAGCACUACUACCACCACCACCAUGAGUCAAGCCAGCACCCCAAGUGACCGCCUGGCACAGUGGCAGCACAAGCUAGGUGGGGGAGGUCACACCAUGCCCCCCACUACCACCGCCACUGCCAUGCCUGUCGGUGCCCCCUCCACCAGUGUCUCCCCGCUCCCCAUGGCCAAGCCUCUCAGCGGAAAGAAUCUCCUUCCCUACAAUGUCACGGCAAAAUCAAUGGGGAUGAGCGAGGCUGAGAGGAAGCUGGAGGCGCUCACCCAACAGAUAGAGGAGGAGAUGGAGAAGAAGGAGCAGGAGGGAGAGUACUACGGCGUGUGCCACACGUGUGGGGACAAGGUGACGGGUGCCGGCCAGGCGUGCCAGGCCAUGGGCAACCUGUACCACACCAACUGCUUCAUCUGCUGCUCCUGCGGUCGGGCGCUGCGAGGCAAGGCCUUCUACAACGUGCACGGCAAGGUGUACUGCGAGGAGGACUACCUCUACUCCGGCUUCCAGCAGACGGCGGAGAAGUGUGCCAUCUGUGGCCACCUCAUCAUGGAAAUGAUCCUGCAGGCCAUGGGCAAGUCCUACCACCCGGGCUGCUUCCGGUGCUGCAUCUGCAACGAGUGUCUAGACGGAGUGCCAUUCACGGUCGAUGUCGACAACAAAAUAUACUGUGUUCAUGAUUACCACAGAAUGUUUGCCCCCAAGUGUGCAGCAUGUGGCAAGAGCAUCACCCCCGUGGAGGGAACAGGCGAGACGGUGCGAGUGGUCUCCAUGGACAAGGACUUCCACGUGGACUGUUAUGUGUGUGAGAGCUGUGGCCUGCAGCUGACAGAUGAACCGGACCAGCGGUGCUACCCCCUGGACGGCCGCCUGCUGUGCCGGACCUGCCACCUGCACCGCCUGCACGCCAUGGGCCGCACGCCCUCCAACAUACAGGAUGUUGGGGCCACCUAUGUUGAGUAGCUGAGGGACCCAGCGCCGGCAGCCAUCAGCUCAACUAUGGACGGCUCGUCACUGAAGUCUCCUUGAAAGACAAACUACACAUUAAGUUCAUUGUGAUAAAAGCAUCUCAUUCCCAUGCAAAGGUGUCCUGAAAACCACAACUGAAAUACAUGUCUAUAAAUACUUGAGUCAGUACUUUAUAAGCAUGCUUUGUAAAGCUAUGGCGCAGGAGAAGACCUUUAAUCCGAGGAGCAUCGGGCCACUCACUUCUUUUAGACCAGUGAACGGCAGCCAAAAUAACUAUAAAGGUGUCGGCUACAUGGCUGUCCAGGGGGAGAAGUUUGCUCUUUUCCAGGCCGCCUGCUGGGCUGGUAGUUACUAGCCCUUCCAAAGAUUAAUUUUUACCCCUUUUAAAAUUUUGAGACAUGAUUUAAAUAACCAAAACUAAUGAACUACUGAGUGGGUCAUAAAAGAAAGUUGCUUAUAUUGACCCAAUUGUUUUUACAUAAGUUGGGCACUAAGCUUUGCCCUUUGGUAUGUCUUUGUGCAAAGGUACUUGAUAACUUAGACACAGCGUGUUUAAUGUGCUAGUCGCCUGACAAGGCACUAAAAUUAGCAAGUCUCCAAGACACACUUACCUUCUGAUAUUAUAGUCCCCUCCUGGGGCCAGGCACAGCCUGUGUGACUUUGAACCCCUGGUGUCAAAUAAUACUAAAAAUGAGAGUGGUUUGUUUACUUAACUUUAAAUGGGUAAAAUUUAAAAAUCCAGAUUAUUGGAAGUUUUGGCCGAAUGUAACUCUGAUUAAGCGCCUUCUGUUGCCUUCCCUUACUUUAUAAUAUCUCUGUGUCUCUCUAUGAGGAGUGUGUGUGUGGAUGUAGUGGUGAGGUCAGUAACACGAGGGCAGCGCUGGCACCCACACCCAGACCACCGGCAAGAUGAGGAGGAGUUUGGUGAAGUUCCAGUUUUGUUCCUAGCUUUGUGUGUGUGUGUGUGUGUGUGUGUGUGUGUGUGUGUGUGUGUGUGUGUAAGGAAGAGUUGGGUGAAUGUGUAUACAGAGUUUUAUUUGUCACAAACAUUUGCUACUUUUUUGGGUGUGUUUCUGGAGUUUAACGAACACUUGUUUCUGGAAUCAUUCAAGCAAACAAAAGCACAAAGCAUUUGAUUAUCUGUGUUGCGUUGAUGUUUGUGUCGUAAAUUUUUUGCUUCUGUUAAAGUAUAGAUUGAUUCCCUUCCCAUCAUCUUCCUUGUGUAUAAUUGACAAAGCAUUUAUUUUUGUUAGGUAAGUACUGGACAAUCCUUCAUAGAACUGCAUUUAAACUAGGCUGCCUAUUAAAAACAAACUAUAUAUAUACAUGCAUACAUACAUACAUAUACACAUACAUACACAGACACAGUACACAUAGGUAUCUCGUUCUAUGUGAGAAAGUUGUGUUUUUGAAGAAUGUGAUGUAAAAAAUCUAGUACAUUUCACACUUUACAUGUUUGGCUUGCAUUAACAUGACCCAGUGCCCUCGACUUGCAUACUGUUCUCAUGGAAACGAUAAUAAUGACAUAUCACACAUACUUCCCUUCCACGGCAUCCUGAGGACCCGUACUCUCAGAGGCAUUUAGCUCUCACAACAAGCAUUUCCAAAGGCCACAAAGGAGAUUAAUUGGGUUUUCAUGAGUCCUUUCUGAGGUUCACAAUAUAGAAAAAUGUUUAACCUGUCACUAGGCUGAUAAAAAUUAAUCGGGUUUUCAUGAGUCCUUUACGAGGUUCAGAAUACAUAAGAAUGUUUAAACUGUCACUAGGCUCAUAAAAAUCAAGGGUUUUCAUGGGUGUUUUCCUAGGUUCACAAUGCAGAAGAAUAUUUAAACUGUCACUAGGCUCAUAAAAAUCAAUUGGGUUUUCAUGGGUGUUUUCCUAGAUUCACAAUGCAGAAGAAUGUUUAAACUGUCACUAGGCUCAUAAAAAUUGAUUGGGUUGUCAUUGGUGUUUUCCUAGGUUCACAUUGCAGAAGAAUGUUUAAACUGUCCAGGCUCAUAAAAAUUAACUCUUGAAAAUUAAUUGGGUUUUCACGAGUGUUUUCCGAGGUUCACGAUACAGAAGAAUGUUUAAACUAUCACCAGGCUCAUAAAGUUAUCCAUGGAAGUACUAACACAGCCUCUAGCAAAGCCUUAUCCAAUGUGUGUGUGAGCCCUGAAAUGCUUGAAAAUGCGGGUCCAGGGCAGGCCGCCUCGCAUAGACUGAGAUCAACCUACCUGUACAAGUGUAUCCAUCUAAUUAUUUCUGCCCAAGCUUUUCCAACAGUUGGUUACUUCUGUGCCCUUUCUUCUGUGUUGUACAAUUUGUUUAUAAUGAGUUUGAUUCUAAGUGCAUUUAUGGAUUGAUUGUUUAAUCCGUCUCUUAAAUUGACCACUGUGAUAAUGGGAGCGUCUCGGCUGGCUGCCUUACUCAGAGAAUUCCUUUCCAGGCAGCGAUGUGGUGCAGGUCACACUGUGGGCCCUGGUGGCUGGAGGCAGAGGGGGGAGCCAUAGUUACCAGAUUAUUGUACUCAGAGCAUUGUAUUUUCCGGUUUCUGACACAUAACUAUCACAAAAACAUCAAUAAUUAACGGUUUGAACAAUAACACUAACUGAAUAUCGCAAUGUGUGUAUGUGGGACAGUUUUGGGUUUGAAAAAACUGUAAAUACAAUGUUCUGAGUGUGAGAAUCUGGUAACGCUGAGGUUAGGCGAGGGGGACAGAAGCAGAGUGUUGUAGAGGUGGUCCCUGGCUUGUGCAGUUCUGUUUAAAUGUCAGCAAGUUGUGUCUGUCUCUAAAAGUCAAAACAUAUAUGAACAGUACAUAAUUAGUGUCAUUAGUGCUCAAGUCUGUAUUCUUAAUCGCCUUUGACACACAUCAAUUAUUUCUAAAGGCCAAAAAAGAGGUUAAAAGCAUUCUCAUGAGUUUUUUUUUAUGUUCAUAAUAUAAAGGCCUUGCCAAACUAUCACCAGGGUCAGAAAACUACCCUUCGAAAGCCUCACAGGCCCUAUGAAAGCCUUGUCAAAUGUGUGUGCUUGAGCAACGAAAUGUUUAAUAACCAACAAAUCCAACCAAUUUAUAAUUCAUUCUGUAAAACCCCCCUGUAAUUUUUCACAAUGGCCAUUAGACCUGUAAUGGAAGACCUGCUUACUUAAGAAAUUUGAAGGGAAAUCCAAUUUAAACAGGCCAUGGUGUGCCAUUGUACACCACCUCAGUAAAAAGUGCACCAGUCCAUUGCUAGAAACCAUUGUCUUUAAUGCACUUAUGUAAUAGACUUUAUGGCAGUUCAGUUGCAUCUAAAAAACAAUGUUGGGCUGUUCAUAACUCAGGGACCUCCUAUACAACAUGACAUCCGUUGAGUAUUGGUGCUGGAUGCUGGUGACCAUUGUUUUGUAGCUGACCGAGCGAGAUAAUGUUGGGUGUGGAGCUUCACUGUGCAAGAUGAAUACAAUAACCUAGAUUUUCAAGCUUUCAGGAGUGCUUUCUGACAUCUUACAUAUCCCAGUGACAAAACCUGCUUGUAAUUUCACUAGGCAACCUGCUUCUGUGGUGAUAACUUUGUUGCUAUGAUUGGCACACUGUUUAAUAGUUGACUGACUUAGGCAAUGUUUGAUGUGUGACCAGCCAGAGAGGGUAAUCAUGUUUGGUGAUUUGUCAGUUUUCAUUGAUGCUGUAUAUACUCAUGCAAAAUUAAGCCCCUAAUGAUGUGAAAUUCUCUAUUAAAGAAUGAAUUUAUGCCCCAAUGAAGGUAGUCUCCACGUAAAUGUCAACCCCUUAAACUUUGAUACAAAUAUUGAAAUUUAGACUUUUACAUGAGUAUAUAAAGUAAAUACAGCAUAUUGUUGCUAAAUUAUCCAUCAAAUGAUUCCAUUGUGUGUGUGUUCCUUGUGAGGUCGCCUGAAUGCACUGCCCAAUGAGUCACACACACACUGGAUGGCUGGAGUUUGUAUUUGCAAUACUUGUCUGAGGGAUGCACGGGAACACUUCCUCAAAGACAAAGACACAGCAGUUGCUACACAUAAUAAGGUCUUGACCUGACACUGCCUGCUUCUGUGCCACGAUGUGCUCAGUGUGUUCAUGGAAGGAUUAAUCUCAUUACCUUCACCAAGCUCAGAAGUUGUACAGUAAUGUUAUUUACAGUUACAUUCCAAGGUAACUAUCUUCAAACUGAUGGGGCCAAACAGUUACAAAUUUUCCACCUUCACGCAGAGCAGUCUGCAGCGUCUAGUCUUCAUUGUGUGUCUCUUGCACUCCCUGAUUCCAAGACCAGAACAAUGGCUGCUGUGAAAUUGUAACACGAUUCCUUGAUAAGUCAGUUCCCGGCAGCACCAAGGGAAGGGAAGGCUUUAAGUCCUGUCGGCCCUGUCACUGAUUAGAAACAAAUUACUGGCCCUUCUCUCAGCACAGCCACAGUUUUCUGCACCAGUGAGGCUCCUGAGGCAUCCCACCAAGGAUUCUGGAGUUGCUGGUGCUCCCACUCUGCUCUUGUGACCUCAGUGACCCCUAUACCAAGCCCCAGUGUUGACCUGCACAGAGGAACAGACUUGGGCCUCAGCUUCCCAGGAGCACAGACCACCAAAACCCUUCUGGUGCCACAGCCCAACAAGCCCCUCAGCAGACUAGGCUGCCACCUCUCGGCCCCCCAGCAUGAAGCUUGUGGCCUUGGAGCUGCCCCGCUGGCUGGUGUCAGGGCCAUUGUAUCGGACCACCAGGAGUGUGCUGUCAUGCAGGGCCACCGGGGGGCAGGGCCGGGGCCACGCACGGCCCUGCCAGGGUUCCUUACAGCUGUCUGAUACAAGGGCAUUUUUUUCUAUCUCAGGAGUUUUUAUGAGUGAGUCGGUUUUAAGUGUGGUUGAAUAGGCUAUAUUAGUCAAAUGGUUCUGUUAAUAUUCACACAAAUAUAUAUGUAUAUAUAUAUAUGUAUAAACAUACUCUUAAACGUUCAUCCAAUGGGAAGGUUUCAAGUGCUUACCAUUACAUACCUUAUGUAAGAUAACGUACAGAUUUUUGUCAGUCUUUCAUACUCCAUGUAUAGUUUUGUGAAGUGUCGCUUCAGUCUGUGUGUGAGUGAAUCGCUGCGUCCGUGGCCCAUUGUAUUUUCUGUAAAUUAGUGCAAAUAUGUGUAUUUUGGCUGUACAUUUUGGGGCGACCCGCCGGGCUACUCAAGGGUCGGACGGAGCUGGGAAAUCAACGAAGAAAUCUUUUGUAAUUUUUUUAUGGCCUUUCUGCUCGCCUGCUGCUGCUAUCAUCCAAGCCAGACUGAGAGUGGGGGGCACUGCAUGCAGCAUUUGCCUAGGCUGCUGCAGGCCAAGUACCAAUGAUGGGAAGCAAGAACUCUUAAGAUCAGCAUUCACUCUGUCUGUCUUGGGGGUCCCUAGUAUCAGACCCCCAAGACUCCAUCCCCAACAGCCCCCUUCAAGUCUGGCUCUGGUUUUCACUUUGUUCAUCAUCCAACCUUUUCUACUUAAAGUUCAAUCGUUUACACUUUUAGCGGCUACUUACCUGUAUUGUCUAUGUGGUGCCAAGCGUCCCCGGUCAGGUGUAGCGACAGGACCACCGCCGGCUGUUACCGUGUUGCAGUGUACUCGUGGCAAAGUCAAGCUCAUUUAUGAAGCCCCUCCCCCUCCCGCUCCCUCUCCCCUGAUAAGAAAUAUUUGAGGCGUAUAAUGUAAAUGGGACGACCUGACAAUUUUGUAGUUUUGAGCAAAUCUAGUUUUAAAGUAACCACCAGACUCUACACACACACACACACACACACACACACACACACACACACACACACACACACACACACACACACACACACACACACACAUAUAC